CCUUCUCUCUCUCUCUCUCUCGUUGCAAAAAGCUAUGGCUCAUAACACAGAGAAAGAGGAGACGGAGCUCAAGGUUCCGAAAACUUUAACCUUGUGCUCACCGCCGGUUGCUACGCCUCCGUCGAAGAUAUCCGGUUCCUAUGAGCAAAGAUCGGAUCCGAAGAGUUGUGGUUCCAGCGAAGUCAUCGUUGAGAUGAGACCAAACUCCAAUAGCUCGCCGGGAAAUCCGUAUCUAGAUUUGAAACCACCUUCUGUGGCGGUUGAUUCGUCGUAUGAUGCUAAGACGAAGAGACGCGAUGUGAAUCGGUGCUCAGGUUGUCGACGGAAAGUCGGAUUAACGGGAUUCCGAUGUCGCUGCGGUGAGAUGUUCUGUUCCGAACAUCGGUACUCCGAUCGACACGACUGUAGUUACGAUUACAAGGCUGCCGGACGUGAAGCGAUCUCUCGUGAGAAUCCAAUGGUUAGACCGGCGAAGAUUCUAAAAGUCUAAUUCAAAAUGGAAACGACACAAAACGAUCAUCAAUCAUUGUUUUCCGGAUCAUCGGUUGCAAAAAUAUGCCGCCAAACGGUAGAGGUGCGUGGCUUGCUUACGUCACGCUUUUUCUUCCUAGUUUUUGGCUAUGUCUUUGAUAGAUCGGAAGAUUGGACGUGUUCAUCGGUAGCGACAUUAGAAAUUCGAAAUACGGUGGAAGGUAUCAUCGUCAAAUAUGAUACUGGUAGUGGUACUUUUGCCUUUUUCAAGGUUCAAUAUUUAUGAACAUAUUCUAUAAUCUAUUAUGUUGUUCCGCUUUCAAAUCACGAUUAGAUUAAUUCGUAUCUUGUGAUAACUAUGUAAUGUUACUCGAUGAUGAUUCGAUGGAUUUUGCUAAUCAACCUGUUUGCUUCUCCUAUGGAUCGAAGCGUGUGCUGCAUCA